CAAAAAGGGACCCUCACCGCGGAGCCGGAGUUUUGGUUAAAGUGCUGUCUGAAAGUGCGGCGUGAAAGGAUCGGCCGCUAGACCACCGUCCGACUCCCUCGCCUCGAGAAGAGCCGCUGCCGUUAGAGUUAAAGAAAUCGCAAGGCUUGAGGAGGUUUGGACGCAUCCAGGAUCCCUCCCACCGAGACGAGGGACCAUGAAGAAACUGCUACUGGGAUGCUGCUGGCUGCUUCCUUGGGCUCUCUGCGCCGCAGGUCGAAGGGAAAAGGCAGGGACAGGUAAAGGAGAUAGCCAGCCUGAAUCCAUGCCGUUGGGGACCCUGCCACGCUUCCAAGUUGAACCAGAGGAUUCAUACAUCGUGAAGAGCAACCCCAUUAAGCUGCGCUGCAAAGCGAUGCCUGCCAUGCAGAUCUUCUUCAAGUGCAAUGGAGACUGGGUCCAUCAGAAAGAACACGUGCUUGAGGAACACGUGGAUGAGUACACAGGCCUGAGUGUUCGAGAGGUCCUUAUCAAUGUUUCUCGGCAGCAAGUGGAAGAUUUUCAUGGUCCAGAAGAUUACUGGUGUCUUUGCGUAGCUUGGAGUCAACAGGGAACAACGAAAAGCAGAAAAGCUACAGUCCGAAUUGCAUAUUUGAGGAAAAAUUUUGAACAAGAUCCCCAGGCAAAAGAGGUUCCCCUGGAAGGAAAGAUCAUUUUGCACUGUCGUCCCCCCGAGGGAGUCCCUUCUGCCAAGGUGGAAUGGCUGAAGAAUGAAGAACCGAUUGAUCCAAAGCGUGAGCCGAACAUUUAUAGCACAGCAGAGCAUGAUCUCGUCAUUGAGCAAGCGCAUCUCUCUGACUCAGGCAAUUAUACCUGUGUCGCUACAAAUGUGGUUGCCAAGCGACGCAGCACAGCUGCCAUGCUGACUGUGUUUGUGAACGGUGCCUGGUCAAUGUGGACAGAGUGGUCACCUUGCAGCGUCCGGUGUGGCAGAGGACGGCAGAAGCGAACACGGACCUGCACCAACCCGGCCCCGCUCAAUGGAGGAGCCUUUUGCGAAGGGACUUCAGUUCAGAAGAUCGUCUGCUCCUCCCUUUGCCCAGUGGAUGGUGCCUGGGAACCCUGGACCGUGUGGUCCCCCUGCUCCUCUGAGUGUGAACACCAAAGAGUCCGUGCGUGCGUUGCUCCUGAACCGAGGUAUGGUGGAAAAUUCUGCGAGGGGCUGAGCCAGGAGUCAGAGAAUUGCACCGAGGGACUCUGCAUUCAAAGCCAGACACCUCUACAGGAAGUACAGCCUCAAAGUAUUGAAACCAACAGCGAUGUGGCUUUAUACUCUGGCCUUGGCGCAGCAGUGAUAGCUGUCGCAAUGCUUGUGGUGGGCAUCACAUUAUACCGAAGAAGUCAAAGUGAAUAUGGUGUCGAUGUUAUUGACUCUUCAGCUCUAGCCGGUGGCUUUCAAUCUUUCAACUUCAAGACUGCCAGACAGGGCAAUUCUCUGCUUCUGAACCCAUCAAUGCAGCCUGACCUGACGGUGAGCAGGACAUACAGUGGACCAAUCUGCUUCCAGGACCCUGUGAACAAAGAACUCAUGACCCAGUCACCGCUCUUUGACUCUCUGCCAGGGAUCAAAGUUAAAGUACAAAGUUCUUUAAUGGUUUCACUUGGAGUUGUAGAUGGAGUAGAAUAUCAUGGGAGGUUAUCAUCCCGGACUUACCCUCGUAAUAGCAGAAGUGUUGACAAAAUACAUGCAAGAAGCAAUGCACCAAGUUCUCAGCAUCUCCCUGCUGCAAUUACACAGGCUGAAAACAGAACUUCCGGCAUAUUUGGGUGUCUGGGUGGAUGCCUGGAGGGACCAACGAAAGGAGUCCGUUUAUUGGUUCCACUGGGGGCAAUUCCAGAGGGAAAUUCUUGGGAAAUGUACAUUGCAGUCAAUCAAGGCGUAAACAGCCUGCAGCCUGAAGGAGCCGAGGUAAUCUUGAGUCCCGAGGUGACCUGUGGGCCACCAGGUCUGGCCUUGUCCAGCCCGAUUGCUCUGACUAUUCCUCACUGCGCAAUGGUAUGUUCAGAGCACUGGAGCAUAAAGCUGAAGAGACAGACACUGACAGGAAAGUGGGAGUUCUAUCUCUGCUGAAGGCCCAGUCCAAUCCCACGGGGAGGCA